AAUGAAAAACGAAAAAGAAAGCAAAGGUGGCUUCAAGAAAUUCGAAAAUAUCAAAAAUCAACUAGGAAUCUCAUUCCAAGGGCAUCUUUAAUUAGAUUAAUCAAACAAGUUACUGCCGAAUUAUCUGAGAAAAUUCCAUACAUUAGACAGCUUGCUGGUGAAGGUGCAAUUCGAUGGAGAAAGGAUGCUCUUGCUGCUCUCCAUUCAGCAGCAGAAGAUUUUUUACAUGAAUUUUUAACACUUUCUAACUAUGCCACAUUGCAUGCCAAAAGAGUUACACUCAUGGGUAGGGAUUUAAAGCUUGUACAAAAUAUUAAUAGGGAACAC